AUGAGUUGCCAAUCUUUUACUUCAGCUGAUACCUUUAUACCUCUGAAUUCUGACGGUUCUGCAUCGCUCCCUCUGAUAAUGCAUCACAGUGCUGCUGAGUGUCUACCGGUCUCCAACCCCGCCACCAAUGUGAUGUCUACAGCAUCGGGACUUCAUUAUUCUGUUCCUUCCUGUCAUUAUGGAAACCAACCAUCAACCUAUGGAGUUAUGGCAGGUAGUUUAACCCCAUGUCUUUAUAAAUUUCCUGACCACACCCUGAGUCAUGGAUUUCCUCCCAUACACCAGCCUCUCCUGGCAGAGGACCCCACAGCUGCUGAUUUUAAGCAGGAACUCAGGCGGAAAAGUAAAUUGGUUGAAGAGCCAAUAGACAUGGAUUCUCCUGAAAUCCGAGAACUUGAAAAGUUUGCCAAUGAAUUUAAAGUGAGAAGAAUUAAAUUAGGAUACACCCAGACAAAUGUUGGGGAAGCCCUGGCAGCUGUGCAUGGCUCCGAAUUUAGUCAAACAACUAUCUGCCGAUUUGAAAACCUACAGCUCAGCUUUAAAAAUGCCUGCAAACUAAAAGCCAUAUUAUCCAAAUGGCUGGAGGAAGCCGAGCAAGUAGGAGCUUUGUACAACGAAAAAGUGGGAGCAAAUGAAAGAAAAAGGAAACGGAGAACAACUAUAAGUAUUGCUGCUAAAGAUGCUUUGGAGAGGCACUUCGGAGAACAGAAUAAACCUUCCUCUCAAGAGCUCAUGAGGAUGGCUGAAGAACUGAAUCUUGAGAAAGAAGUUGUAAGAGUUUGGUUUUGCAACCGAAGGCAGAGAGAGAAGAGAGUGAAAACAAGUCUGAAUCAGAAUUUAUUUUCUAUUUCCAAGGAGCAUCUUGAGUGCAGAUGAAAUUUUCUAUUGUGUAAGAGUCAUGUUUCUUUUUCUAUUUUUCAUGGCUUUCUCUUCCUCAACAAAACCAGAAACUUAUUAUUUGGGUGGCUUCAAAAAUCAUUUUAUGCUAAUAACUUUUGCAGAUACUUUGGUUCGUUCGUUCUUUUCUUUCUCUCUCUCUUUUUCUUUUUCUUUCUUUCUAAUCCUUUUUUAGAAUCUAACAGGGUCAGAUGGUGGAGCAAGGUAAAAUUCAGUGCUCUGCAAGGCAAUCUCACUUGGGAGGUUUCCCAGUUCAAGUCUGGAGACCUCCCUGUGUACAAGAGGCACACACCUGCCCAUGAUGUGGGGCUGGCUGAAGGUUGGUGGUAGGUCACAAUAUAAAGACUCUGUUGGUGCUGUCUUGCUCUCUCACUUGCUUUCUUGCUCAUUAAAUAGAUUAAUUAAUGAAAUGAACUU